CAUGACAGCGUCUAAAUGGGUGAACAGCGUUUUGGGUGCCCAACGGGUAGGAGAAGCCUUGCAAGCUCGUUAUUUUCUAGCCACUCAAUCCCGAACCCGGUCGCGCGUCCAGGUGGCAGCACAUAUUUGGAAAAAGGUGAAUUGCAUGUAUACUGGCCUAUAGUCGAAGACAAUAUAACUAAGAGAAAUUCCACUGGUGCUUUCAGCGCAACUGGCUAUGCAGCGGUAUCGAGCACACCAACGGUGAUGCUGGACGUUGGCAAAGCCGUGGCAGGUGGACUGGAGCACCAAGGCCGCCAAGCGCUGGAACUGGCCUCUACCUCAAAGGUCUGGGAAAAGAUGGACCAGAAAACGCUUCUUAAAGUCGGAGGCUGUGCAGCUGCCACUGCCGCUGGGCUCACCGUCCCUGCCCUCCUGAUCAGCAGUCUUGGUUUCGGAGCUAGCGGCGUAGUUGCGGGAUCGUACGCUGCCUGGACCAAUUCGGUGAUGCCGGGCCUGGUCGUGAAGGGAGGCCUGUAUGCUACCAUGCAAAGCUGGGGUGCUGCGGGCAUCCCACUGGCUUCCAAGUUGCUCAUCGCCACUUGCAGCGGCGCCGCGGGACUGGGGACGACGACCCUUCUGACGAAGGACAAAGACCCGGUGGCAUGCGAAGCUUGCGGAGGGAGCGGUCGUCCAGCGUGAGAUACACUGGCCACACUGUAUAGUUCAAUAAAAUGAGCUGCAAUAUA